AUGUGGUCUGAUUUCUCAUGCCCAGUGUAACACACACCUUCACGCGGGAAGGAGUCGGGAAGAAGACGGACGAGAAACCUUGGGUCUCUCUCGCCUCGCUCUUCCACUUCCACUUCGAGGUGCCAGUGCUACUUGUCACUUGAUCGCGAGUGGACGUCACUUACCUGAGGGCUUUCCAUUUCCAGUGCGAACUUUUUGUGCGACACACUCGCCCCAGAAGGUGCGACACCUCUGUUCAGGAAGGAUUAAACCCUCCGGCACUUUACAUUAUGGAUGCUUUCUGUUCUCCACUUAUUGAACUGAUGAGUGCUGACAUGACAUGUUAACAAUUGAAGGGAACCGCGUUCUGAAAGAUCGGAUUAAGUGAUCAAUGUGAAAUGACUCUUUGGUGGACAGCUGAAAAUGUGAUACUUGCAAUGGCUGUUAAAAUCAAAGAUUUCACACUGAAAAGCUGAACAGUGGAAAUUUUGUUUGCAUUUGUGCCCCGAAACAACUACACUCGAUACUGACAGAUUGGAGGAAAGUAUGGAGUGACCUGCAUACGGUGAAAAUAUUUCCUAACAUACAAUUACAGCGAGUUUGCAUACUGGCACAAUUAGUGUGAGAGAAUUGGUUUCAGUGAACUUUUACCAUAUUGUCAUAAUCAAUUGAAAAAAUCUACUUCAUAAAUGAACGAAAGUUUAACAAAGCCAGAACUGUGAGAUUCAAAUCCUCCACUGGGGCUGACACAAACAGCAGAGCACCGAAGCUUUGAUCUGUGACACCGACAGCUUUUACCGAAAGAAGGAAAAGUUUCCUCGAAGGCAAAAAUGCUGCCGCAGAACCUUCAGGAGAUUUCGAUAGAUCACCCUCUGUCGGCGGGAGUGCCCUUUGGCUCUUUAGCUGUGAAUGAGAACUCGGCCACGCCUUACUCGGAUGCCACUCAGACGAAGAAACACCCGCCGAAUCAUAUCAAGCGGCCCAUGAACGCCUUCAUGGUCUGGUCGCAAAUGGAGCGAAGGGAGAUCGUCAAAUUCGCGCCAGAUACGCACAACGCUGAAAUCUCCAAACAACUUGGGCGGCGCUGGAAGCUUCUGACGGAGGAACAGCGACGCCCUUACAGGGAUGAGGCAGAGCGGCUGAAGAAGCUGCACAUGCGCGAAUACCCAGAUUACAAGUACCGACCGCGCAAGAAAUCGAAGGAUCCUUUGAAAGGCGUUUGUGAAAGAAAUGGUGGUAAGGUGGCUAAAGUCCACCAGAUGAAUAACAUCUGCAAAGAAUUUGCCAACAACAUCAAAUCGAGCAAAGAUGGCCCUGUUGGAAAGACCCAGCUGGACCCCCAGUCAGCCGAAGACCAAGUCGGCUGGUCUUUGCCUCUGACCCCAACUUCACCCCCUCGAGUCCCUACUAGUCCUACAACCUCCGACCUCCCAGAUUCGCCCGAGAGCGCCUUCAACUUCGACGAUCACAGUUUCAACAGGACCACCAGCAUGGCGGGCUAUAACGCUGCGGCCACAACACCGCCGCAGAAAUAUAACAAACGAAGCGAAGGUCUUCUCCACACGAACUCGAGUGUGACAUCCUCCCCCUACCCGUACCACAGCGUCGUCCCUUCUCAUCCACCGCCUCCAAACCAUAUGUCUAGUAGCUGUAGUUACAAUUUACCACAGAGACAACAUCCGUACCAGCCUGGAUACUACCAAGAGCACAAACUCGCGCACAGUUACCUGAAACCCAUCGACACUGCCAGAUAUAUGAAACAAGAACAAGAGUAUUCUGAACAGCUAGUGUUGCAACAACAGCAGCAGCAGCAGCAGCAACAGCAGCAACAACAACAACAACAACAUCACCAGCAAGAGCUUGAGUACCACCAGCAACACUCCUGUCUUUACUCUCCGGUCAGCAACCAAACUUCAUUCUUCAACACCUCGAAUACUCAGCAUCGCCAACACCAACACCAACACCAGCACCAGCACCAGCACCAGCAACAUCAUCAGCGUCACCAACACCAUCAAGACCACCAACGACAGCACCAACAGCACCAGCACCAGCGACACCAACAAACCGCGCCUCCACCUGCCAUCAAGGUGGAGGCACCCGAGGCCCAUCCGGCAACACUGGAUGAUCUGGAUAACAUUGGCGUCACCGAACUGAUUCCAAUGACCUCUGACCUCAAAGUGGAACUGGAAUCAUUGGCCGAUCUCGGUUACGAGUCGGCGGGAUCGGCUUCCAGCACCUGGAAUAAUGUUGGAAUAACGUCCAACACCCCAUCGAACGUUUUGGCCGACUUCGAAAUAAUGAACGCCUGGAUAAACUCUUGAGCCCGGUAAUACCCAUUUAAUUUAUAGAAACGGUCGGCAUCAAACGUUGCUACUCCAGACUUUCGAUGUUAAGUUUCUGAAAGUUGACAUUCAUUUGAAAGGGCUUCUAUGAGGGCUUACCUUAUUUCACGAUAUAAACACAUUUUUACAAACUUGGAAAAAAGCUUGCAAGUGCAAUCUUGACUCCAGUCAAGUAUUUUACGUCUUUCAGUAUAAAAAAAAAAGAAAGAUAAAACUUUCUGUAUUCAUUAAUCGUCUCCCCAUAAUACAACCAUAAAUAUUUACCUUAUAUAUAUAUUACCUGUAUACACAAUUACGUGCAUUCACAAAAAAUAUUCCUGUACAUAAGAUUAUCAGAUGUUUUCAUUGUUUAUUUCAUGUUAAGUCAUUGACGCAUGCACUGAGUGUAAAUAAGAUUAUAACUAUAUACAUACGUACAUAACUAUGAUGUUUCUUUGCCGGGUAUAUUUUAGUUGUUAGUUACCAGUUCAUUCGCAGAAUUUCUUUAUCUUGUUUAUGCUUGUUCAUUGUUUAAAGAAAAAAAUACAGGUUCUCGUGACAGAAUAAGUAUUCUAGUCAAGUUGUCAUCCCACAGUCGACCAGGUGAAAAACAAAAUAUGAACGAGAAAAAACGACAAUUGCGACAUCUCGCGGCACAGCGCCUGGCUCAAGUCACGUCUGACAUGGCCGAUAAGAGAGGCUUCAGUUAUGUAGAAUCUACUUGUACUUUUUUCACAUUUAUUUCCCCAUUACCGAUAUUUACAUAAUCGGAAUGCAGAAUCGACAAAUAGCAGCUGCCGUUCUAGAGAAAUCUAGUCAGGCAGUAGAUGACCACGGAUUAGGCAGUCUGAUCUAUGCGACUAUCGUCGUUGUUAAUCCUGGUUCUGCUGCAAGUAAGUCCCUGGCGCGUGAUUGCGUUUCUAUUACUCUUUGACUGCGUUCAUUGCAGUCGAAGUUGUCAACAGGAGGUCUGAAACUCGGUCAAUGACAAGAAAGAAAAUAAAGGUUUCCGAAUGAAGGCUCCGAUACGCAAUUCUAACACGCAAACGGACAUAGUUGUUUGAGUCUGCGAAUUCUUCGGAUUUUUUUUUUUCUUUUAAAGAAAUGUGCUAAGAAAAUAAGUCAGUCUUUGAAAUAUUUACGUUUCCGUUUAAUGGUGAGAACUGGUCGAUGCCACUUGUCAUUGAUCAAAACCUCAAUGUGACAUAUAUUCUUAAUUUUUGACAGUUUUGACAGUGACUCUACUAAAAAAAAAAAAAAAUGGGGUUAUAGAGAAGAGGACUAUUUUUAAAUAAUUUGUUCAUAAAAGUGUAGCAAACCCUGUCCUUUCAAAUUUCUAGAACUCGAUCAUCCUGUAAGAAGAGUAACUGAAAAUUGAAAGGCGGUGAUACUGACAUAUACUAUCGGCCAAAUACAGAAAAACUCGUGGUUAAUGAAUUGAGCCAAAGCAUCAAACAAAUGAAAAUUUUUAUUGUUUAAGGAAGUUGUUAUAAAUAUUUUUUUGUUGUGUGUUUUUACGGAUUUUGUAUCACUACAUUUUUGUGGUAGAGAAGUAGAGAUGGUUUUAAUUUUAUUGUUUUAAUUAAUAUAUGAGAUGACGUACUGAAUUUUUUUGUUUCUUUUACUUUUUUAUGUUCAGCUCAAAACUCACGGAACACAACGAAAUGGUCGAGAAAGCUGGUUAUUUCUUGAUCUCUCUAAGAACCAUAAUGCCAUGCUUACCAACCAGAAAUUCACCCUUAUUCUCUUUACUCAUUUCUUUCUCAUUCUGUAUCUUUUGGCUACAUAUUGACAUUUACGAAAGUAUUCUAAGGUUAAUGUUGGAGUGUAAUAUAAGUGAAACUUUUCUCCUGAUAUAAAUAUAUAUAUAUAAAUAUAUAUUUUCUAAAAUAGAAAUGACAUAUGUGAAUAACAUAAAAAUAUUUUAGGUGUAAUUUUGGAUUCAGUUAUGCUAAAUGCAUGUUUUUUAUUCUAUAGGGAUAUAGUCACCAAUGAAAAGGAUGUAAAUUUAUUCAUGUUAUAUAUCGCAAAGCACGGAGGUUCCUCGUAAGUGCUUUUGUAAAUGUAAUAACAAAAUAGAUGUUCAGUACUUUAUCUGAAUUCGGCUACAUCUGAUUCAGGUCUCUUGAUCUUUCAAGUCUUAAGAACGUUUAGCCUCGCUGUUUCAUUUUCGUCAAUUGCUAUUCGGUUUUCUGCGAUACUUUAUCUCAUUCUUUAGUUUUCUGUAAGGUUUUUAUCCCAACUCUCUCUCUCUCUCUCUCUCUCUCUCUCUCUCUCUCUCUCUCUCUCUCUCUCUCUCUCUAAGUUAAAUAUCUAUUUGGCUUCUGGUACUUAUUGUUGUGGCUCAAAUAUUUAUGCAGAAUUAUGUAUAUAAGAUAUUUAUUAUUAGGGUUUCGUAUUGCAUUUAUGUAGCUGCAACAGAACAUUUUUUUACACGUUUGCACCACCGAAGUA